CGUGAUGUACGACUAAGGAAGGGAAAGAAAAAUCCGAUUGAUGAAGAGGAAAACCCUAGGGACGAUCAACAGGAGGCGAGCGAAGAAGAAUCGGAAGAUGAACGGGCCAUUGGAGAGACACCUGCAGCUUCAGCUUGAACAGUUCUCUAAGCUUCCCUUCGGUGGGCAUCAUCAGUCUGCGAAUGCUGCUUCGUCGGCGUUCCAGAAUCUGCUCGAUUCGGAGUCAUCGGAGCUCCGUUCACAGUUGGAUGCCGUCGAUGGGGAUCCCGGCGGUGACGAGAAGGAUUUCAUCCUCAGCCAAGAUUUCUUCUGCACACCGGAUUACAUAACCCCAGAUAAUCAGAACCUGUUGAACGGCUUGGACUUUAGCAAGGAACACUCUCCUUGCCCGAGGUCACCCGUGAAGCUAAAUACCAUUAAAAGCAAAAGGUGUCGGCAGGAUAAUUCUGCAUUGAAUCACUUAAGCCCUAUCCUGUCUACAAAACAAAGAACAGAUGAACCAGAGAGAGAUGAUAUUGAUUUGGAUGAGAUCAUGAUAGAAAAAGCUGAAGCUAUUGGUGCAGAACGGUCUGGGUAUGUUUCACAGUCUGCAGUUGCUCUGCGGUGUCGGGUUAUACCACCCCCGUGCCUCAAGAAUCCAUAUCUUAUGGAUGAUUCGGAAACAGAUGUAGAUCCUUUCAGAUACCAAAGGUCAAAAUGUGCUGGUUUCUUCCCAGCGAAUACAGGUGGGAAUGGUUUGUCAAGAUAUCUCACAGAUUUUCACGAGAUCCAGCAAAUUGGAGCUGGGAAUUUCAGUCGUGUAUAUAAGGCUGUGAAGAGAAUUGAUGGUUGCUUGUAUGCAGUGAAGCAUAGCACGCGGCAACUCUAUCAUGAGUCGGAGAGGCAGAAAGCUUUGAUGGAAGUUCAAGCUCUGGGGGCUCUAGGAUUUCAUGAAAAUAUAGUUGGAUACUACUCUUCUUGGUUAGAGAAUGAUCAACUAUACAUUCAGCUAGAACUGUGUGAUCACAGCUUGUCCGAGACAUCUUCUCAAAAGUUUGCAAACAGAGAUAUCUUGGUAAUGAUGUAUCAGAUAGCAAAGGCACUGCAGUUUGUGCAUGAAAGCGGAAUAGCUCAUCUAGAUGUUAAGCCGGAUAAUAUAUAUGUGAAGAACGGGAAAUACAAGCUCGGAGACUUUGGAUGUGCAACCCGGUUGGACAAGAGGUUGCCGGUAGAAGAAGGGGAUGCUCGUUACAUGCCUCAAGAAAUACUGAACGAGGACUACGAUCAUCUAGACAAGGUCGAUAUAUUCUCGUUAGGAGCCACGGUUUACGAGCUGAUCAGAGGGUCUCCUCUGGCAGAAUCCGGGAAUCAGUUUCUGAAUAUAAGGGGAGGGAAACUUCCUCUUCUCCCUGGCCAUCCCGUCCAGUUGCAGCAUCUGCUUAAGGCAAUGAUGGAUCCUGAUCCAACGCGCCGGCCUUCUGCUCGAGAGAUCCUGGAAAACCAUAUUUUCGACCGGAUCAAUGGGUCAUAAAAUCCACGGACCAUGGUUCCAUGGAUGAACCAGAUUUUUGUACAUUAUGGACGGUGGUGUCAAGAUCAAGUGAAGGGAUGGAUGUAAGGUAUGGGGGAAGAAGAAAAGUUUUGAAUGGGUCGCUUCUCUUCUCUGCAGCAGAUUUUCCCCAAGUGAUUGGUGCAUAAGGUAGUUGCGGAGAGCCUGUUUCGUUUGGUUCGACCGUAUAAAUGUUAUGAAGCAGAUCUGAAAUGUAAUCUACUCUGUUAUCAAAAUAUGGGCCUUGCUCUCU